AUUCUGCCCCCCGUGCCACCAGAGCCCCAGGGAUCCUCGGUGCCACCACCUGCCCCACGGUCUCGGUGCCAUGCAGAUCCUGAGGUGCCCAGCCCAGCUGCGGCUUCUGGAGGAGACCCUGCGGAAGAGCCUGCCCACCACCCUGCCGGUCCUGGGGACUGUGAUGACGGUGGCCCGGGGGAACCCAGCCGCCCACGAGGUGCUGGUGGACUCCUGGCCCGAUUUUGGCAUCGUCCUGACCCGCCUGCGCCCAGAGGAGCACAAGGACCCCAGGGAUCACUACACCAACCAACUGGCCGUGUUCUAUCGGGACAAGGGGGCCCUGCAGGCGCUUCUGGGGGGCACCGAGGCGGUGGUCCAGGCACGAGCCUUCCAGAUACUGGGGCUGCAGGAGGGGCUGGAUGAGGCUGUGCGGGAGGCGGCCGGUGCCAAGGGGCUGCACGUGGAGACCAUCCGGUACCUGGGACUGAUGAGCCCUGAGCCCCCCCGACCCCGUGGGCAGUUGCCCCCGGGCCUGCGCCUGGCGCCCGUGUCCCCGUCCCACGUCCCGCUGCUCAACGCCACGUGGGCCCUGGGUGGUAACGCCCGCAGCCGGGCCUUCCUGCUGGGGCUGGUGCGGGCGCUGCCCUCCGCCUGCCUGCUGGGCCCGCGCGGCCGCCCCGUGUCCUGGACCCUGCUGGACGCCCAGGGCUGCCUGCGCCACGGCUACACGGUGCCUGCCUGGCGCGGCCGCGGCCUCACCGGCCUCACCAUGGCCGCCAUGGGCCGGGGGCUGCACGCCCGCGGCUUCCCCAUCUACUGCACCGUGCUGCCCCACAACAGGGCCGCGCUCAGCGCCCUGGGCGCCAUCGGCUUCGUCACACAGCCCGGAACCUUCCACGUCAUCGUGGGGACACCCAAGUAGCGCCCGGGGA